AUGAACCCCAACGAGCCCCCAAUUAUAGAUUUUGCCCCCUUCUACAAAGAUUCAACCAAAGAAGACCUCAUCAACCAAGUCAAACAAGCAUGUGAAACAUUCGGCUUCUUCCAACUAAUCAACCAUGCCAUCCCAACCGAUCUCCAAGACGCAGUUCUCCAACACUCAAAAGAACUCUUCGACCUCCCUUUGGAAACAAAAGAGAAAUACAACAUAGCAACCGACGGCUUCAACCGCGGCUACGAGCGCCUCCGCUCGCAAAACUUCGAAAAACGCACAAAAGGCGACCUAAAAGAAGGCUUCUACCUGGGAAAAGACCUCCCCCUCGACGAUGAAUACGUAAUUCAGCGCCGCUUCGGCCAAGGUCCAAAUAAGUAUCCCGCCGAAGUCCCGGACGCUGAAGACUUCCGCCGCAUCAUGGACGAAUACCACGACGCCAUGAUCGGGCUUUCUGUAUCCAUUAUGCAAGUUCUAGCGCGCACGCUCGGUCUAGGGGAUGAUACAUUUGGUGAUUUCUGCGAUCAUCCAGUAUCCAUUCUGAGAUUGCUUCAUUACCCGCCGCAGGAGGUUGAUACGUCUGAUGUUGAGAGAGGAAUCGGCGCACACACCGAUUUCGGCGCUAUCACUAUGCUCCUGCAGGAUGAUACGGGCGGAUUGCAGGUGUGGAAUAACGUCUCGUCCGAAUGGGUCGAUGUGACUCCUGUUCCCGGGGCUUAUGUUGUUAACCUGGGGAAUAUGAUGAUGCGCUGGACGAAUAAUCGGUACUUGUCGAAUCUGCAUCGGGUUAUUAAUACCAGUGGCAAAGAGCGGUUCAGUGUUCCGUUCUUCUUCUCUGGGAAUCCGAACUAUACCAUCCGGUGUCUUCCUGGCUGUGAAGAUCCAGAGGGAGCCAAAUACCCCCCGAUUACGGUGCAUGAGUGGAUGGCAGGACGGUAUGCAGAUACUUAUGGGACUUCAGAGGGGAAGGCUAUUGGGGAGAUGCGGGAGGAGCCUAAGAAUGUGAAAUAG